AUGCAAGCAAAUGAUGUGGUAUUGCGAAAUGUUGAAUGGAUGGAAGUAAGUAACAAGAACACCUUAUCCAGUGAAUGUCGCCUCAGAAAUCGAAAUCCCGGAACAACGCGGAAUUCCGAUAGAAAUGUUGAAAUUUGGACGGCGGAAAACAGUUUGAAUGCGAAAUGGGGAUUCGUGGAAUUCGCAAAUAUUGAAGUUACCGAAACGAUUGAAAUGGCUAGAGUGCAAUUGUCGGAAACUCAAUACCCCGGGUUCAAAUUGCACCUCAAGCACAGCCAGUUGGCGCACCACAACCUCCACCAAAUGCACCAAAUGCCGGAAUUCAAAUACCGCCUCAGCCAGAGUUUAAUGGAAAUUUUGAAACAGUGA